AUGCACGUCACGCUAUUUCUCACGCUGUUGACGUUGUUUACCGUUCAUGUCGACGCCUACACAUUGACGGGAGACGUUAGCGCCGAGUUUACAGGAAGACAAAGAUAUCUUGAGGAUACAAACCUCGCGGCGCCAUGGGAUCUGCUGAACCGGAGCAAACGUCAGGCUGCAGGCGGGCGCGAAGAGUAUUUUGUGACGCAGUGUCGCCAUGACAACCUGCAGCCUCCAACGGAUGUUCCUAGCAUCAGCGUGCUCGGCACUGGCUGCAUUUACCCAGAAGCUACACUGUUGGCAGCACAACAUAUACACCGGAUGGUACGAUUCAUGCCGAGGGACAUUUUCCGCCGCCUCUCAGCUGACGCCGCUGUAGGCCUGUACAACAUCAGUACUCUUCCGGGGAACGUUUUUGAGGAGUUUUAUCUUUCGAUGCCAAUUGAAUGUGCAGCAAGUUGUCGGAUCGUAGAAUACUCCAACGGUUCGACAUAUGACUGCUCGCGAUGGUGUACUACCAGUGACUAUCCGUAUAACACUGCGGGCUACCCCCUGAAUUACCUCUGGGCUUACGGCAAUUUCUCACGCACGUACGUCGUCGAGAAUAACAUAGUCUGCAGGGGCUUCAACCCUAGCGGAGGGACAGAAAAUGACUUAAUCCGUGAGUUUGGCCUUACCGUGAUGACACGUGCUCUCGACACCAAAACGUUACGUCAGAUUGGUGUCGCCUACGCAAAUGCUGUCAGCAACGGCACGUUCACUGACCUCAUCAACGUUUACGACUAUUUCAUGAAGGGGACGCUAGCCUGGUUUGAUGGUGUACUAAGAAAGGAUUUAGGUGGAAUGGCAUGCACGUCCAUAUUCGAUAAUACCGGUCUACCGCUUUGCGAGACUGGUUACCAGCAACGACAAUAUAUUGGCAUACUAGAUCCCAGUCUAUACAGCGUCCUUAACUACGUCUACAACAACAACAGACAUUACGUGGAAGGGGAGACAUUUACGUGCCCAGCUUUUUAG